AUGCUUCAACCGGAUCCCUACAACGGCAGCAGCCGUAAACUCGUCAUUGCUAUUGACAUUGGCACCACGUACAGUGGUGCGGCCUAUUGCGUCUUGGACCCUGGCGAGAUACCCCAAGUAUUGAGUGUCACGCGCUUUCCGGGACAAGAAGGUGAAAAUAAAUCAAGGGAUGUGAAGAUACCUUCCGUCCUUUAUUACGACCAGCAAGGCCAGCUCUGCGCUGUCGGAGCAGAAGCAACACUACAAAGCACUGAGGACGAGGCAUAUGCGCAGGAGUGGCAUUGCGUCAAAUGGUUCAAGCUCCACCUUCGUCCUCCGUCAAUUCUUCCGGGUGCAGUCCUACCACCCAUUAGCGUGAACAAAUCCGCUGUCGAGAUCUUGGCAGAUUUUCUUACCUAUGUCUUGCAAUGCACUAAAGACUUUAUCUCCGAGACCAAUCCAAUUGGUAGACAGAUUUUGGAGUCCAAGACCCCUAUUGAUUUCGUCCUUAGUCACCCCAACGGGUGGUCGGGCCCUCAACAAAGCAGCAUGAGGCGUGCAGCUAUCCUGGCCGAGCUAGUAUCUGACGACGAUGAAGGUGCUGCGAGGCUUCAGUUUGUCACCGAAGGGGAGGCAAGCCUCCAGUUCUGUAUCAUGACGGGUCUAGGGGACGAUGUCAUGGAGAAAGAUCACUAUGUGACGAUAGUAGAUUGCGGUGGAGGUACCAUAGACCUGAGUACAUAUCGUGUUCUCAACAGUCAGCCCAUUGCUGUGGUAGAGAGUGUCGUUCCCAAGUGCCUCAUCCAGGGCUCGACAAUGAUUGAUCGUCGAGCGGAAGAGUUGUUGAGAAGCAAGCUCAGACUAUCUCGCUUCUCAACCUCCGGAGACAUAGAAGUGAUGUUGACAAACUUCGAAAAUACGACGAAGCCGACCUUCAGAAAUCCUUCUGACACAUCUUACGUCAGGUUCGGAGGGCAGAGGGACACUGAUGAGGAGGUCAACAUACGGCGUGGUGUUUUAUCUCUUUCAGGGUUUGAAAUGACGUCACUCUUCACACCGUCCAUUGACGCGAUCAAGUCGGCCAUUGACACUCACUUGGUUGGAGUAGAUUCCCGCUUCGCUACGAUAUUGCUCGUCGGCGGGUUCGCCACCAGUCCUUUCUUGCGCUCUGAAUUACACAGUCACAUGAACAACAAGGGAUUGCAGAUGUUCACCCCCGAAGGCCAAACUUCCAAGGCCGUCGCCGAAGGUGCCCUAUGGUUUUACCUCAACCAUUCCGUUCGCGCAAGAGUUGCUAGGCACACGUAUGGCACAGGAUGUGUACGACAGUAUAAUCCUUUGUUGCCGGAGCACUUCAGACGCCAACAUCUGAGAUAUAUGCGCGUGGACGGUCGAAUCUGCAUCCCAUCAGCCUUCGCUAUUUUGACACGGAAGGGAACAUCAGUCACAGAGGAAAGAGAAUUCAGCUACCCUUUGGUGACAUAUCAGCGCAAGAUUUCUCGCCAUGGCACUAGUAUCUCGGCCGAUGUCACUGCCUACAGAGGCGAUCAAACCGAUCCUCAAUGGAUGGAUGAUGAACCGGAUGAGUUCUAUACGCUGUGCAGAAUCACGGCCACUCCUGCGUUCGAUUCAUGGAAGAGGCAUAGUGGUGCCAAAGGACCAUACUGGUCGACAGAAUUCGAAGUCAUCCUGCUCCUCGGUCUGACGGAGAUGAAGGCGCAAAUUGCAUGGGUGGAGAACGGCGUGAAGCAAAGGACCCCUGCGAACAUCAUAUACGACGAGGAACAGUAG